AACGAGGGGGACCGGCCUCCGCAUCCGCUCUCAAGAGAGUCCGAGUCGGACCAUCUCUAUUCUCCACAACUAACUCUCUGCUGAGUCCGAGUCCGAGUUGGAUCCGUGUUCUUUUUUCUGGCAAGACUGAGAAUUGUGUGCAUACAUCUGUUCUAGAUCCGUGGAUCUACUGGCUUGCACAAACACUAUCAAAGAUGUCGGUACUAGAACAGUGGGCGGAAGAAGAUUGUGCAAUCUUGUUCUCCGACAAGGUUCACAUGUGCAAAAAAGACUUCCACUAUGAUAUGUUGCGGUAUGUCUUCACGGAGACAGAAGAGCAUUGUAUAGUUGACUUGUUCAGAACAUGGAGCAAAACCCUCACAGCUGCCAGGGUUAUCAAUGCCAUCCCCAUUGAGGAGCGCAAGGACAUAUUUGUUCUGUCUGCACGGCCAUUUGCUCAAAAAGCUGUCAAAGAGUUUGCUAAACAAAUUGGUGCUACUGCCAUUGAAGGAGACAACCAUG